GGUCGAACAGGUAUAGUGAGUAGCGCCUGAGCUGUCAGACGGCUCUCGGGCUUCAGCCGCGGAACUGCGCGGUGGGACUCACCAGCGGCAGUUCAGACAUUUGCUCACUCGACAGGCAAACGCUCACAUAUUUGGGACAAAAUUUAUGUGAGAUUUCAGGUCUCAGGUUGACGGUAGUGUGGUGGAGCCGCUGAGCGGACUCCCAUCACCCAGACCACGAGACCCCCUGCUCUGUCCUGACUCGCACAUGGAUGUUCAGGGGUAUAAAUGGGUGCGCUGGCGGGUGUGGUUGUGUCGUCUGGCUGCCGUGCUGUCCUUUGGUCUCCUUCUGAUUGUGUUUCACUGGCGCCCGCGGCUCGCUGUCCUCGCCCGCUGCUGCUCCUGCCCUCUGGUUUUGGCAGACAUUCUGCUACUGAGAGACAGCUUUGGCCAGCAGCACGUGGUGGAGGUCCUCAAAGAGGAAGUGGAGGAGGGCAGUUUGCAGUCGCUGGGGGAGCUGGAGGACAAUGAAUGGAGAGAUACGGUUCAGCUAUAUAAGGAGAAGAAAACACUGAUGCGCUACUAUCUGUUCGAAGGACUGCGCUACAUCUGGCUGGACAGGAAAGGAGCUUUCUGUCGUGUUAGUGUCCUCAAUGAGGACUGGACCUGCAAUGAUCUGUAUGGCUUCCAAACAGGCCUGAGUCACCAGGAGCAGAGCCUGAGGAGUCGUAUAUAUGGGCUGAACCUCAUUGAUGUGCCUGUGAAGUCUUACAUGAAACUGCUGUUUGAGGAGGUCCUCAACCCAUUCUAUGUGUUCCAGUUGUUCAGCAUCAUCCUGUGGAUGUUUGAUAAUUAUUUUAUUUACGGCACAUGUAUACUCGUCAUCUCCAUUUUCUCCAUCUGUAUCUCACUUCAUGAGAUCCGCAAGCAAAGCAUUACGCUUCGCAACAUGGCCCGUUUUGUCACAAAUGUCACAGUGCGGAGAGACUCGGGAGCGGAGGAAUGUGUGAGCUCAGUGGACCUGGUCCCCGGUGACUGUCUAAUCAUCCCUCAGGAAGGUCUGUUGCUGCCCUGCGAUGCUGCCCUGCUGACUGGGGAGUGCCUGGUCAACGAGAGCAUGCUCACAGGUGAAAGUGUCCCUGUGCUGAAAACCCCACUGCCAGCGGGCGAGAGGACGUACAGCUCAGAGACCGAGCGCAGACAUACCCUCUUCUGUGGUACGCAGGUCAUUCAGGCCAAAAGUGGAGGGCCGGGAGGCAGCAGUGCUGUUGCCGUGGUCACAAGCACUGGAUUUUUCACAGCCAAAGGUAACCUGGUCAGCUCCAUUUUGUAUCCUCAGCCGACUAACUUCCGCUUCUACCAAGAUGCUGCCAAGUUCCUUCUCAUCCUGGGUUUUGUUGCUUUUUUUGGCACCAUAUACAGCUUUGUGGUCCUUUACAGAUCAAAAGCGACCUGGUCAGAGUUGUUAAUUAGGAGUCUGGAUAUCGUGACAAUCGCAGUACCUCCUGCCCUGCCUGCUGCCAUCACCACUGGCACUAUUUAUGCCCAGCGCAGGCUGAAGAAACAGGGUGUCUUCUGCAUAAGUCCACCACGCAUCAACAUCUGCGGCAAGGUCUCCAUCUUCUGCUUUGACAAGACAGGAACUCUCACAGAGGAGGGACUGGAUGUUUGGGGAGUGAUGGAGGUGGGACCUGCUGGUUUCUCUGAACUGGUCCCAGAGCCCAGACUCCUUCCCCCAGGGCACAUGCUCUCGGGCCUGGCCUGCUGUCACACUGUGACGCUGUUGCGAGGUCAGCCCCUCGGAGACCCUCUGGAACUCAAGAUGGUCGAGUCCACUGGUUGGACUCUCCAGGAGCCUGAGGGAGAUGGAAAAGUGCUGAAUGCAGAGUUUGGAGGCCACAGAGUUUUGGCUGUUAUGAGACCCCCAGCUCAACAGCUUCAAGCUUCAGGAACUUCCCCAAGUGAGGCGGUGGCCAUUGUUCAGAGGUUUCCCUUCUCCUCUGCCCUGCAGAGGAUGAGUGUAGUGACGGUGGCCCGUGGUGGACAUUCAGCUUUUGCUUUCAUCAAAGGCUCCCCAGAGAUGGUGGCAAGCUUAUGCCGAGCAGAAACUGUGCCGCCACAGUUUUCCAGCAAGCUACACGGUUUCUCCAGUGAAGGCCUCAGAGUUUUGGCUCUUGCCUAUAAACCAUUAGACAGAAAUACUGACUUAAGGACCAUUGAACGAGGGGAGGUAGAGAAAGACAUGCACUUUCUGGGUUUGCUGAUGAUGAAGAACCUGGUGAAGCCAGAGAGUGCCAAGGUUAUUAACAUCCUGAGACUGGCAGACCUUCGCAGUGUCAUGGUCACUGGGGACAACAUUUUAACAGCAGUCAAUGUUGCAAAAAGCUGUGGGAUGGUGGGGUCCGAUGAGAAGGUGAUAUUCGUUAGUGCAACCCCCCACACUGCUCAGUCCACGCCCACGCUGAAGUUCAACCUGGAACCUGGAGAUGCCAAUGAUUACCAAAGCUCCAUAGAGGUCAUCACUCAGGGCCUGUACCAGGGUGGUUUUCACUAUCACUUGGCUAUUAGUGGCAAGUCCUUUGCUGCACUGUGUGACCACUUCCCUGAUUAUCUGCCAAAGGUUUUGUUGCGAACCACAGUGUUUGCACGCAUGACUCCUGACCAGAAAACCCAGCUGGUGAAGGAGCUGCAGAAACUGAACUACCGGGUGGGCAUGUGUGGGGAUGGAGCCAAUGACUGUGGGGCCCUGAGAGCUGCUGAUGUCGGCGUUUCCCUGUCUGAAGCCGAGGCUUCAGUCGCUUCACCUUUCACUUCUAAGACUGAAAACAUCAGCUGUGUGCCCUUGCUGAUCAGAGAGGGCCGAUGUUCUCUGGUCACUUCCUUCAGUCUCUUCAGAUACAUGGCCCUGUACAGCCUCAUUCAGUUUUGCUCUGUCCUCAUCCUCUACACGGUGAAGACAACCCUGGCUGACUUGCAGUUCCUGUUCUGUGACAUUGUUGUGGUGACUGUGCUGGCCAUUGUGAUGGGGAGAGGAGGUCCCAGUGAUGAGCUGCACCCACGCAGACCGCCAGCUAGUCUGCUGGGCCUCCCUGUCCUGGGCAGCAUCUUCAUCCACACCUGCUUCAUCAUCCUGGGCCAGAUGGCUGCACUCUUCAUCACUACCUCACAGGACUGGUAUAUUCCACUCAAUUCAACUGUGUAUGGAACAGCCAACCUGCCCAACAUGGAGAACACCAGUGUGUUUUCCUUGUCAGGUUUCCAGUAUAUCAUCAUGGCUGUGGUGGUCACCAAGGGCUACCCUCACAAGAAACCCCUCUACCGCAAUGUGAUUUUCCUCUGUCUGCUGUUGGUCCUCUUGGGCCUGACGACUUGGCUGGUGGUGUAUCCUGGACCUUUUGCCGGUCAAGCACUUAAACUGUACGACAUCCCUGAUAUGCAUUUCAAAUUGCUGCUCAUCUCUUUGGCUGCUCUCAACUUCUUCCUUUGUUUUUUAGUGGAGGUGCUGAUAGACUUGGGUAUACUGAACUGUCUUCGGUUGCUGCGUGGGAGGCGUCAGUCAAAGAAACAGUAUAAACGUCUGAACGCCGUUCUGUCAAACUCCCCAUCAUGGCCUCCUCUUAAUCAAGCCCUGAUUCCCACGAAUCACACAGUCAUCAGCCUGAGCUAGCAUCUGCUUGCCCCUUGGACACUGCCAGUCAAUACUAUGGAUGUCGGAGCUACAGCACCCAACAAUGCAAAGUCUUGUUUAUCUGUAUUAAUAAAACUAUUUUUAUGUAAA